AUGCCUACAGAAAGCACCCCCAAGAAUUUCGAGGGACUCGACGACGAAGACGAGCCCAUGCCCGAUGUCGAUGCCGAUGUCGAGGCCGACGAGGAUGUUGAACCCCCGCAAGAUGCAGAAGAGGAGGGUGACAAGGACGAAGACUCUGUUGCCGAAGAGGAAGAGGAGGUGGCCCAAGAGGAAGAGGAAGAGAAGUCGCCCUCACCCCCACCCGAGCCCGUCAUCCGCCGCCGUCGUCUCGGCAGGCCCCCGAAGAAUCGCCCGCCUGACUGGGACCAGCUUCCCAUUGAGCGCCCCAAUGCCGACUCGGAUACUCCCCGUCGCCGUGGCAGAGGGGGUUGGCGAGGCCGUGGUGGUCGCAAAGGCCAAUACUCGGCACCCACAACACAGUCGAUCGAUAAAGACGGUACUGUCUUGGAUAUCGUCAACGACGAGGUCGACCUUCCCGAGGAUCCUGAGGGUGAGAAGAAGGUGGACAAACUGGGCAACCUUCAGGAUGGUCGUGAAUACCGCUGCCGCACCUUCACCGUUGCCGGCCGCGGCGAUCGUCUCUACAUGCUCUCCACCGAGCCUGCCAGAUGUGUCGGUUUCCGCGAUUCUUACUUGUUCUUCACCAAGCACAAGAAGCUCUUCAAAAUUAUCGUUAAUGACGAGGAGAAGCGCGACAUGAUCGAACGCGAUAUCAUCCCACAUUCCUACAAAGGUCGCAGCAUAGGAAUCGUGACAGCGAGGUCCGUGUUCCGCGAAUUCGGCGCUUUGAUCAUUGUCGGCGGACGGAGAAUCAUCGACGACUACAACGUCGCGGCAGUUCGUGAGGAUGGGGCUGUUGAGGGCGAGUUGGCGGAUCCUAACGACAUUUACGACCCUUCGCAGCCUUACAACAAGAACCAAUACGUUGCCUGGCAUGGCGCCAGCGCGGUGUACCACUCCAAUGCACCUACUGUUCCGCAGCAAAACGCCAAGAUCGACACGAAGAAACGUAGAGUGGCCGUCAACGACAUGAAUUGGCAACUUGAGCACGCCCGUGAGGCGAGCAUCCUCACCGAUAUGCGCCGCCAGAAUGUCAAGGGGGUUUACAACGUCAUGACCAACUUGAUGCACUAUCCCCGCAUCUCCCAGCCAACCCACGCCAGAAUCGAACAGGUUCUCGACAGCGGCAAAGGCGAGGACGCCGAAGAGAGCAGCACAUUUCCUCCGCUUGAGCCGUCCAUCUCUCGGAACUUUCUGGUCAUGGAUACCUACAUGGAGACGCCCCCGGCCGGCAUCUCGCCAGCCGCCUACGAAGUGCCAUUCCGCACGUCCCCUGCUGACUACGAAGCUUCAGCAGCUGCCGACCCUCUAGCACCAUUUCGAGGACUUUCGGUUAUAUCUGACGACAUCAUUGCCGAGUUGCCCCCGGAUUGCCGGGCUGCUUUCGACAAGGCCAGACAAGAAGAGGUCGACUGGUUUAACAAGUGGGGCGAUGAAGCCAAGAAUACUUCAAGACGUGAGCCAAUUGUGGACAAGGCCAUUGUGCCGUAUCCUGUGAUGAUGCAUUAA